AUGACUACUGAACGUGAAAGCAAGACUUUCCUUGCUAGGCUCUGCGAGCAAGCUGAACGUUACGAUGAGAUGGUUACAUACAUGAAGGAGGUGGCCAAGUUGGGCGGGGAACUCACCGUUGACGAACGUAACCUCUUAUCUGUCGCCUACAAGAACGUUGUCGGCACCAGACGUGCUUCCUGGCGCAUCAUCUCCUCGAUCGAACAGAAAGAGGAGUCCAAGGGUACCGAUAAGCACGUUUCCACCAUCCGUGAUUACCGUCAAAAGAUCGAGACCGAAUUGGAGAAGGUUUGCCAAGAUGUCCUCGACGUCUUGGAUGAGUCCUUGAUCCCAAAAGCUGAGUCUGGAGAGUCCAAGGUCUUCUACCACAAGAUGAAGGGAGACUACCACCGUUAUUUGGCUGAGUUUGCCUCUGGUGAUAAGCGCAAGGUUGCUGCUACUGCUGCUCACGAGGCUUACAAGAACGCCACCGAUGUCGCACAAACAGAGUUGACCCCAACCCACCCAAUCCGUCUCGGUUUGGCUCUUAACUUCUCUGUAUUCUACUACGAGAUCUUGAACUCCCCAGAUCGUGCAUGCCAUCUUGCCAAGCAAGCUUUCGAUGAUGCUAUCGCCGAGCUUGAUUCGCUUUCCGAGGAGUCUUACCGCGACAGCACUCUUAUCAUGCAACUUCUCAGAGAUAACUUAACCCUCUGGACUUCAUCCGACAACGGUGACCCUGAGGCUGCCGCUGCCGGUGAUGCACCAAAGGAGGCUGAGAAGGCAGUCGAGCCAGAGACCAAGGCAGAUGAGCCAGCUACCGAGGCCGCCCCUGCACCUGAAUCUUAG